CCAUAAACCACGACUUGACAUGGCUGAGGCUUUCUACAAUGUCUCUGCUGCUCUGAAGGACAACUGGCCCGAGUACCUCGCCAAUGCUCAAAUUCCAAGUUCCCGCUGCAUUCUCCUCGCCUUGAUUAACAUUCCCGUCCUCGCCGUCGUUCUCAAUGUUCUUCGACAGUUUCUCCCUCAGGAUACUUCCAAGCCUCCCGUUGUUUUCCAUUGGCUUCCAUACAUAGGCUCUGCCAUUUACUACGGCAAUGACCCCCUAAAUUUCUUUUUCUCCUGUAGAGAGAAAUACGGCAAUGUGUUCACCUUCAUACUCUUCGGCCGGCGUGUCACCGUAGCCCUUGGGGCCCAGGGAAACGAUUUCGUCCUUGGUGGUAAAUCGAUCGUCUUCAACGCGGAGGAUGCCUAUGGAGCAUUGACGAUUCCUAUCUUUGGGGAUGAUGUUGUUUACGCUAUUCCUAACGAUCAGUUCAUGGAGCAGAAGAAAUUUGUCAAAGUCGGUCUUUCAACUGACAACCUACGCGCUUAUGUCGGCAUGAUUGAAGACGAAGUUGAAGACUUUAUCAAUAACGACACAUCUUUCAGGGUGUACCAAGCGAAUGACAUUGAAGAAUGGGGUUUCUUCGAUGUCUCGAAGGUGAUGGCUGAAAUUACCAUCCUCACUGCUUCACGGACAUUGCAAGGAAAACAUGUCAGAGGCAGCCUGAACAAAACAUUUUCCCAGCUGUUCAACGAUCUCGAUGGAGGAUUCACUCCUGUCAACUUCCUUUUCCCCAAUUUGCCUAUGGAGAACUCCAGAAGGCGAGACCAUGCUCAUAAAAAGAUGAGUGACUUCUACGUAAACAUUAUCGAGGAACGUCGGAAGUCUGGCAAUCUUGAUGAAUCGGAUAUGAUAAGCGCGCUCCUCAAACAGAAAUACCGCAACGGAAAACCGGUUUCCGAUAGUGAGGUUGCUCACAUGCUCAUUGCUCUCCUCAUGGCGGGCCAACACACGAGUCAGGCCACUGGCGCUUGGGCGAUCCUUCACUUGGCAGACCAACCUGAAUUUGCUGAAAAGCUCUACAAGGAGCAGGUCAAACACUUCGGUACUCCAGAUGGUUCGAUCCGAUCUAUGACUUUUGAAGAACUGCGACAACUCCCUCUCCUGGAUGCAUUGAUUAGAGAAACUCUUCGUCUCCACCCGCCGAUUCACAGUAUCAUGCGCAACGUUCGUGAUGAUGUCCCGGUUCCUCCCACGUUGUCUGCUCCUUCUAAAGAUGGUGUGUAUGUUGUUCCCAAGGGCCACUGGGUUUUGGCAUCACCCGCUGUCAGCCAAACGGAUCCGCUGAUUUGGAAAGAUGCGAUGACUUUUGAUCCCUACCGGUGGGCCGAUCCUGAGGGCGCAGCAGCGCAAGCCCUCAAGACAUAUGUUGAUGAGAACGGCGAAAAAUACGAUUAUGGCUUUGGUGCUGUAAGUAAGGGAACCCAGAGUCCUUAUCAACCAUUUGGCGCCGGCCGUCAUCGGUGCAUUGGGGAACAAUUCGCUUAUCUUCAACUGGGAACUAUCUUGUCCACAUUGAUUCGCGAGCUGGAGUUCCGUCUACCUGGUCCUGUCCCUGACAACAACUAUCACACUAUGAUUCCUAUGCCUAAGGAGCCUAGAAGUGUCCAUUACAGACGGAGAAAUUUUGCCAGCAGAGCUUAAUGCAGAGGUUACUUUACAUGUUACUUCACGAUAAAAUUAUUCAUCUAUACUCUAACGACCACGUCGUGUGAGAUUCAAAUCAACACUGAGUCUUGACUGGCUAAUCCUCAUUCUCUUCGUCCUCUUCAUCGCUGUCAAUGCCAAUUACACCGCCAUUUCCUCUGUCUUCGCGCUCUCUCAGUAGUUUGCCUGCUUCCUUUAGCUUC